CGACGAAAAAAAAAACCCAAAAUGUUCCGCUUUGAAAGUAUCGAUUUCUAACUUUUUAAACAAAUUUAAAUUUUGACACAAGACAAUAAAAAUCAGCGAAUUUGCAUAAAAUUCGAAAAAACACAAAAAAGAGAAAAAAACAAUCAAAAAAAUGAAAGCCAAAAUGUGCAGAUUACUGCCAUUCGUAUUAUCUGUGAUUUUGUUUGCUUUAGCAAACGGUCAAGCUGUGACGUCACCCGCGACAAUAAAUUCUAAUGUCACCGUCGUCGAGGAGAGAGAUUUUACGGGAAUUCGUUUAAUUAAUGACAUGUUGGAUAUUUUUAAUAUGGCCUAUUUGGGAGCUCAAUGGUCCAGCGUUCAAGGAAAAUUGACGAAAAAAUGUGCCGCUGACAUGACAAAAUAUUUCAUGGGACUCGAGAAGCGGAAAUUGUGGGCUUUGAAGAUGAACGACGCUUCUGGCCAUUACCAAAACGGCUUCUUGUACGGCAACAACUACUGGACCGGCUCAUAUCGCCUUUGUGAGAGCAUCUACAUCGAAGAGGGAUCACAUGUCCGUGAUAAGCCACAAACUCGUCAAUCGGAGAUCACCUCAAUUAACGGAUAUACCGAACAAACUGCUGUCAAACAUGAAAAUCCACCAUUCAUGCCGUCGUUUUACAUUGUCAAAGUUCGCUUGAAUGACACAGAAAUUGCGCCAAAUCCCCGUGUGAUAUCCGUUGCUGCCUGCUUGCCAUUCGAAUGUACCCAAAAGGACAUUUCCACAAUUGCUAUGCACGCCGAAGUGGCCAGCGAAACUCGUGCCUUGGAAAUUCUCGAAGUGAAAAUCGGUCUCAAGGAGCCGUACGACUUCUGGAACGACUUUGUGUUCCAACUAGUCUUGGCAGCGACAAUUUUCGUUGCAUUCCUCGUGAUUUUGGGCACGUCGUACGACCUGUUUCUUGCACAACGUUAUGCCAAGAAGUGCAAGGCCACGUCAAACACGAACUCUGAGUCGUCGUCCGGCAAAUGCACUACGUAUGACCUCUCGAACGCCAGUCCAGACAAGAAGAACUCCGCUAUUGGGAUUUCCAUUCCAACAGGCGUGAAUAAUAACAACUCUGAUGAGCAUCUUGCCAUCGAGCAACUUAGUGACGCUGAAGACAAAAUGAAAUUUCUUGAAUUAGGUAUUUUUGAAGAGCUGAUUUUAUCAUUUUCCGUCAUCUCUAACUGGAGAACGAUCUCCGACAAGAGUGUUGGUGGCGAUACCAUUUCCUGCAUUCACGGUAUGCGAGCUUUGUCGAUGUUGUGGAUUAUUUUAGGUCACACUUGCAUCAUUCUCGCCAAAUAUGCGGACAACAUGGAUUACCGUCGUUAUGUCGAAACAAUUUUCGCUUUCCAGUUCAUCGCUAACGGCGCCUACAGUGUCGAUACCUUCUUCUUCAUCAGUGGUUUCCUCGUUUCAUUCAUUUAUUUCCGUUCAAAUGCCAAAGGAAAGUUGGAAAAGCUCUCAAAGGGCUUAAAUGAAUUUUCUGCCGGCACAUUGCACUUCUUCGGACUUCUUGCCUAUCGUUUUGUUCGCUUGACCGUGCCUUAUUUGUACAUGUUGGGCGUUGUUGCUGUCGUUAUGCGUUACUUGCAACACGAUCGCCUUUGA